AAAAUUCUUAAGAAUACAAAUAACAAAGAAAAUCAAAUUUUCCAAAUAGAAAACUGGCAACAACUGGGUGGCAACGCGACGACGAAUCGGUUGUGUGUGUGUGUGUGUGUGAGUGAUUGUGUGUGUGAGCGAGUGUGUGUGUGUGUGGUGUGUGUGUGUGCCGCGUGUGAUUGCAAGUGGGGGCAACUAAGAGAGAGAGAGAGAAAAAAAAGAAGUUAAAAAAUAAUAAAAAAUCGCCAAGUUUAAUACAAAAAAAAUAUAUAAGAGCCGACUGUGUCUUUGUGUGAGGGGAAUUUCCUGAUAAUUCCCAACCAUACGGUAACCAUGGAAUAUUACCUAGGAGGAUAUGUCUACAUGAACGGAGAUGCAGUCAAAAUCCAGCCGCCUGUCUAUACGAAUGUUCCUGUUGAAACGGCAAUGUUAGCUACCAAUUUGUUUAGCACGACAACACAAAUCGCAGCAGCCCCGACAGCAGCUCACACAGCAGCAGCAGCAGCCCACCACCAUCAUCAUCAUCACCAUCACCACACUCACACCAUACCGUUGAUCGCCGCAGCCGGAGUGAAUAGCGCCGCAGCCGGAGCCGGAGCUCCAUCCGCAACACAAGUGGCAUCAGCGACGCCGCAGACUUCAGCACAGCAGCAGCAGCAACAUUCUCACCAUCAUCAGAUAAUUUCACACGCCGCUGCCGCCCAUCACCAUCAUCAGCAGCAGCAGCAGCAACAGCAACAACAGCAAUCGCCUCAGACCAUACAGGCCACACAUUUGGCUUACGGUCACCCGCCACCUCAGGCCCAGCAGCCACAACAGGGCGUUGCCAAUACUGCCGCUGGUGCUGGCGGAGGAGCUGGCGUAGCAGCCGCAGCUGGCGGAGGAGGAGCUGCCUCAGCUGGUGAUAGCAUUGAUAAUCCCGAAUUCGCUGCUGCCAUCAUGAAUGGAGCCAUUGCUCAGACCCAAGAUGGCGCUGUCGUCUGCUAUACAACCGAUGCUGCUGCUCUGGUACCUGGUGUUAAUAAUACGAAUUUAGUUGCUCUCGAGCCGCAGCCACAGCAUAUUGUGGUUCCAGUUCCAGUACAGGUUCCAGUUCCCGUUCCCGUUCAAGUGCCGGUCACAGCAGUCCCGGCCAAUGGACCAUCUUUGCCCGCCGUCGUAGCUCAGACUCAGCAAAUGCCGCCAACAGCAGAGCAGCAGCCACAACCACAACAACAUCAUCCACAUCAGCAACCACAACCACACCAGCAGCAACAACAGCAGCAGCUGCAACAGGGUAAUCAUAAUCAAGCAGUAGCCGUUCCUGGUGGCACUGGUGAUGAUGGCGGUCUGCCGCUGGAUAAACUUAAGCAAAUGCUGGCCACGCAGCUUGAGUACUAUUUUUCCAGAGAGAAUCUGGCUAAUGAUACUUAUCUGCUGUCACAAAUGGAUAGCGAUCAAUAUGUUCCCAUAUGGACAGUGGCUAAUUUUAAUCUUGUUAAGAAGUUAACCAAGGACAUCAAACUGAUUACCAAUGUGCUGCGUGAAUCGCCCAAUGUUCAGGUGGAUGACGAGGGCCUGCGCGUGCGUCCCAAUCACAAACGUUGCAUCAUCAUUUUACGUGAGAUAUCGGGCAAUACACCCCCGGAUGAUGUCAAUGCAUUGUUUAUCAAUGAGAGCUGCCCUCGGCCAAUUUCGUGUGAAUUUGCUGCCAAUAAUUCGUGGUACAUUACAUUCGAAUCGGAUGAGGAUGCGCAAAAGGCCUUCAAGUAUCUGCGCGAAGAGGUCAAAGAAUUUCAGGGUAAACCGAUAAUGGCCCGUAUCAAGCCGAAAUCAUUUAUAAAUAGAAUAGCAGCUGUACCAAAUUUGAAGAACGGCUAUCGUUUGACAUCGCCACCCACGGCAACUGUAUUUGAUCCAGCCGCCGGAGCGGCCACCGUUAGCUAUCAGCCACCGCAGCGGUAUUUAUAUGCGGCCAAUGGAGCUAUAGCUGGCCCAGCUUCAGUGCCCUAUAGCAAUCAGGUGUUGAUUCCCUUUCAACAAAACCAAUUUUAUCCCAGCCUUGUGGCUCCUUGGCAGCCGGCCACAAUAAAUACAGCCACGGCUCAUGGCCAGAACUUCUUUGAGAUUGGCGGCAAUCUGUUUGCCACAAAUCCAUUGGCUCCGCAGGCUGUAGCUGCUAGUUAUACAACAGCUCCUCAGCCCACCGCACAAACGAUUGUCACGGCAAAGCCGCAGGGUGGCGGUGGUGGUGGAGGAGCCGGAGGCGGUGGACGUUAUAAUACACAUCGCGGCAAUCCAAAUAGCUUAGGCGGCGUUGGAGCAAAUUCAGGACCACGAGGCGAACCGCGUAGCAAACCGCCACGAAAUGCUCAAGCUGGUGCUCAUAUCCAGGGUGGCAGUAUUGUGCCAAUACAGCUAUCAGGAGUACCGGGUGGUAUGGUGAGCGUGGUGCCAGCCACAAUUGUAGAUCCUUUGCAACAGGUCCAGCAGCAAGCACAACAACAGCAAGUCCAUCAACAACAGCAACAAUUGCAGCAAUCAACUGGUCAAGGCCAAGCCCAACAGCAGUCCGGUGGUGGUGGCGGUGGCGGUGGUGGUGCUGGUGGCCAGGGAAGCAACUCUACGCGUCAUUAUCCAAUUAAAAGUAAUUGGAAAGGUGGCAUGCAAAAGAAUCUGGAUAAAAGCUAUGGCGGUGGUGGAGUAAGCAAUCAUCAUCAUUAUAGCUCCCAGUUGCAAGUCCUACCCAGUCAUGGCCAGCAUCUACAGCAACAGCCACAGCAGCAGCAGCAGACAAACCAAUCUCAGCAGCAGCAGCAACAACAUUAUCAAUUGCCUUCCUCCAGUGCCGCUAGCACACCGCAUGCAUCCUAUGCAACUACCUCCCAGGCAUCGGCCACUAUAACAUUGUCGGCUGCCCCUCAGCCACAGGCCAGCAGCAGCAGCAAUAGCCAGCAACAUCACCAACAUCUAGUGUCUGCGCAUCAGCAACAACAACAGCAACAGCAGCAAGUUGUCGAGCUGCAGGACUCGGGUGAGACUGUAGUAGUAGAGCAUGGCGGCAGCUCAUCCCACGGCCUGCAAACGAGCGGUGGUGGUGGUGGUAAUCGCAGUAGCAACAUUCAAAGCAGCUCCUCUUCUUCGCUGGCCACAUCAAUUAGCAAGGAGCCAAUGCACUGGCCAACGCGACCACGUCGUCGUCGUCGUGACGAAGAUGGCGGUAUCAACUACUCACCCGGUGGACGUGUAGGGCUCUAUGGUAGUUCACCAUCGACUCCUCACCAGCAGCAGCAGCAACAGUUGCUUUCCUCAUCCUCCUCAUCGGCAAGUAAUGUGCAAACGGGUGGUGGUGGCAGCGGAGGAGGAGCUUCUCAUCGCGGUGGUGACCGUGAAAGCCACUAUAGCACUGGUAUCCAUGAUAAUCCACCCCAGCAUCAGCAUCGUGGCAAUUACAAGGGAAAUAAUUAUAAUCCGCACUACCAUGCCCAGCACUCGUCCAUGUCUAGCAGCUCGCAUCAUCAUCAUCAUAAUGCACUGUCGUCGCAACAGCAUCAGCAGCAUUUGUCAACUGGUCAGCAGAGCUCGGGCCAUCAUUAUCACAAUCAUCAUCACCAUCAUCACAAUUCGAUAGGCAGCAAUGUGGGCAAUAGCGGUGGAUUGGGCAUGAGCAGCGGUGGCGGCGGCGGUGGCAACAGUAGUGCAAAUAAUGCUGGUGGCUCUGCCGGUGGGAGCAAUAGUAAUAAUAACAACAGCAACAACAACAACAACAGCAACAACAAUAACACCAUGUCCAGCAAUGUAGGAAGCGGAGGCGGCGGUGGUUGUGGUGGCGGUAUUGCUGGCUCUGGAGGCGGCAGUGGAAGCAACGAGCGUGGCUCAUUGCAUCAUGGAUCGCUUGGCUAUCAGGGAGGCCAUCAUCAUCAACCGCAGCAACACCAUCAACAGCAGCAACAACAACAACAGCAGCAACAACAGCCACCAGCUCCUGUUCAGCCGCCGCAGUUUGAUCUAGAAGCUGCAGCCUUUCCACCACUGCCAGCCACAUCGGCCUCUACGGCCGCCGCACCACACACACCUCAGGGUGGCAAUUCUUCUUCUGUGCAUAAUACGUCUUCUGCUGUUGGAGCUGGUAGCACUACCUCUUCCUCUACCACUUCCUCAUCCAGUGGCGGCCAGUCACAAAAGCAGCAGCAGCAGCAGCAAGCCCAACAAAGCCAGCAGCAGCAACAAGCGGUCAACAUUAGUGUGGAGACUAGCAACAGCAAUGAGGAGCCGCAGCAGCCACAGCAACAGCAACGCUCAAGCAAUCAUCCGCAUAGCGAGAACAAUCCUCAACUGGCCAAUAGUUCCUCUGUUGCCCACAAUUGGGCUGAGAACCGCCUCUCGGAUGUUGUACGUUCAGGCGGCGGCGGCGGUGGCGGUGGCGGUAAGGGAAAGGCAGGUCGCAAGGAUACCGGCAGACAUCAACAGUCACAUUUGCCUCAUUCCUACACACAUCAGCAGCAGCAGCAGCAGCAUCGUAACCUGCCCUUGAGCCCCACACCCGCCGUGGAAUAUGCCCACAUCGAGGGCAACAAUACUAAAAACUUUACUAAGCAGAGCUCUAGUAAUAAUUCUUCGAUCCAUGUGAUAAAGUGUCUAACACCAAAUAUCAAUGCCAGCAGCAAUUUGGCAAUAGCAGCCGCCGCCGCAGCAACAGCCACAGAUGAGUCAACCGGAGGAGGAGCAGGGCCAGGUGCUGGUGCUGGUGCUGGUUCUGGUUCUGGAUCUGGUGUAGGUGCUGCUGCUGUUACUGCUAUUACCCAGCAGCAGUUGGAUAAAUCAAUUAAGACUGAGGAUGAAAUGCAUCCAAAACAGCCGCAGCCGCAGCCACAGCAGCAGCAGCAGCCACAGCCACGUCUGUCGGAAGGCUUUGUGGUCCACAAUAACGAGUAUGGAAGAGGCAGUGUGCCUGCCGGCGCUGGCGCUAGCAAUGUGACUGGAGCAGGAGUGGGGGCAACAGCAGCGUCUUCUAGUUUAACAACCAGCCUGGCCGAGUGCAGCCUGAGUCAGCACAAAAAGCCAGCGGCAGUGGCUGCCCUGCAUGCUAAAAAGGAGGCGGCAGCCUUAGCCACCAGUAGUUUAGGCAGGGAUGUCGGCAAACACCACAAAAGUGUUGCCACCUCAACGAAUUCCGCUUCGACUGAAAAUAUAGCCGCCGCCACAGCCAGCAAACUGAGCUAUGCCCAGGUGGCCCAGCAUCAUAAAUCUGCCGCCGAUAGCCGGGAUGGCGGUGGAAAUGGUGGCUCCACCGGCGGUACUAUGUCACCAACUGGUAGCCAUAAAUUGGAAUUAGUUUUUGGCGAUUCUACUCCUCCGGCUACUACUACCACUACUACUACUAUUGUUGCCGAGAAAUUUUCUAUACCGCCCGCUGCUGGAGUGGUUAGUAGUGUUACCACAACCACCGCCACAGCAACCACCGAUAAGCGAGGAGCGGCUCCGAGUGCAAGUGCUCCGCUGGCUGGCAAAGCUGUCAGCGGCACACCAUCAACAACGAGUGCCACUUCAAGCAAUAAUGUUGUCAGUGCCAAGGAGAAAGAUGUGCGUUCCAAUAGUUCAUUGAUUGCCUCGCCCAUUAGCGGCGGCUCUGUGCGCCAUCAGAGCAAGGAGAAGCACCAACAACAACAACAACAACAACAACAACAACAGCAGCAGCAGCAGCAUUUUGGCUCUGGCUCAGAGCACAAUACCAAUGCCAAUCCGGCCACUGGGAAUGGCGGUAACCGCAAAUCCAGGGCCAAUAAUAAUACCAACCCUUAGGAGGUUCGUUGCCAAAACGCGCAUAUGGCAAUGUGCGACAAGGAGAGAUAACUUUUUUAAAAAGAGAUGAAUGCCAGCCCUUCCCCCCCAAAACCCAGCCCCCGGCUCCAUAAAUCAGCAAGCAUCAUCAUCUGCCGUUUGUAUAUAUAAAUGAAAAUUCCAUGUGUAAAUACGUGAGCCACAUAUUUUUUUUUAUAUAUCUAUAAGCGCUAUAUAGAUAUAGAUAUUAAUGACCUAACUAAGGAGGCAUAUUUAAGCUAUCAUAGCUUGGACCAGUUAUUAUAUUUAGUAGGCAAAAAGGAAUAAUGAAUGGUGCAUAAAGUUUCUCCAGAUAUAUAAACAUCUAUAUAGAGAUCGAGACACAUAUUGAUAAAUAUAUAUAUAUGUAUGCAUAUAUAUAUUUUAAGUAAACGUUAAUCACAACAAUUUAA